AUGGUGGUAACUGCCACACAUUUGUCCCAUGACAGGGCAGAGAUGGAAAUCCAAGAAACCAACGAGGAUUUGCACUUCCAGCUGGCAGAGAGCCAACUUCAGUUUGAAGAGCUCAAGGAGAAAUUUUUUAUAAGUCAAGCUACUGCCUACGCUCUGGCCCAGCAACUCAACAAAUACAAGUGUGAAGAGGACAAAGACAUCAUAGACUCUGUGCUGAGGGAUGAAGUGCAGUUCAUAGAGGAGAAGCUGGCAGAGAAGCUCAGGCAAGCUGUGGAGCUCAGGCAAUAUAAAGCCCUGGUUCACUCUCAGGCCAGAGAGCUGACCCAGUUACAGGAGAAGUUACAGGAAGGGAGAGAUGCCUCCCCUUCACUGUAUCAGUAUUUGAAGGCCCUCCUCACUCCUGGUGGCCCUGAAAAGUCCCAGGGUCAGGACCUCCAGGUGCAGCUGGCUGAGGGGCACAGGCUGGCAGAGCAGUCUUGUCAACAAGCUCAGCCUAGGUAAGAAAGUGAUGAAGAUGAAGAUGAAGGUGUUACAGAUGAGGAGGUCGAGAAAGUACAGGAAUCACCUGCCCCCAGAGGGGUGCAGAAGGCUGAGGAAAAGGAAGUCCCUCAGGACUCACUGGAGGAAUGUGCUGUCCAUUGUUCAAACAGCAACGGCGCUUCUGACUCCAACCAGACUCACAGGAGUGCCAAAGUCACAUUUGAGGGAGACAAAGUCGACCCUGCUCUGGUUGUAGACAGUGAAUGCUCUCAAGAUGAAGGGGAGGAAACUUCAAACAUUCUCCCAGGAAAUCAAAAGAAUUAUGGGGAAGAAGAAGGGAAAGCACCAGUGCCCCCCAGGAACCCACAAUCAGUUGAGCCAGGUGAGCUGACCAAGUUCAGGGAUUUUCUGAUCUUACCUCAUGUCUGCCUCUUUGGCAUUACCAUGCUGAGCCAGGAGCUGCCAGAAGUAAAAGAGCAGGAAGUCCCAGAGGACUCCUUGGAUGAAAUUUACUUGACUCCCUCAGUUCAGCAUGACCUGUCUGACUGCCACCAGCCUUAUAGUGGCACCUUGUCCUCAUUGGAUGAUCAGCUCACAUGCUCUGCUCUGGAUGUAGCCUCUCCCUCCCUGGAGACCUGUCCCCAAGGGACUUGUAGUGGAGACUUGAGCUACUACCUGCCAGAGGUGCAGGCUUCACAGAAACAGCAGGACCCAGGCACCAUGGUGCCCAAUUGUCUCGGACUACAGCUGGAUCAAGGGUUCGACUGUGGGAAUGGCUUAGCCAGGUGGGGCCUUUCCUCCACUGCCUGCAGCUUCACAGCCAAUGCUGAUUCUGGGACCCAAUGUCCCUCUCAAGAGCUGGUUUUAGAGCCCUCUGUUGGAAUGAAGAACCCUCUGCAGCUGGAAGAUGAUGCACUUGAAGGCUCAGCGGACAACACACAAGGGCAUCAAGUCACUGGCCACAUUCAUGCCUCAAGUGUUUGGAAACCCAAGAUGAUUAAAAGAAAACUCCGGUCCAGCAAGCGGACUCCCUACACUGCACGCUUAGUGUGCAGAGGUAAUCACAUCUAUGACAGAAAAGCUCCUACCCAGGAGAACUCUCCCCAAGGGACUUGCAGUGGAGACUUGAGCUGCUACCUAUCAGAGGUGCAGGCUUCAGAGACACAGCGGGAGCCAUGCACCCUGGUGCCCAAUUACCUGGGACUACAGCCGGAUCAAGGGUUCGACUGUGGGAUUGGCUUAGCCAGCCAGGGCCUUGUCUCCACCACCUUUAGCUUCAUAGCCAAUGCUGAUUCUAGGACCGAAUGUCCCUUUACAGGUACCAAAUACUACCAGAAGGAUGCAAAGGAUGAAAGGAUGCCAAAACAGUAG